CUCGUCCUUGUCUCGAUUUUGAUUGAUUUGGGGAUUUAGGGUUUUUAAUUUCUGAAAGAUGACGACUGCAGCUAGACCAACGUGGGCUCCGGCUAAGGGAGGUAACGAGCAGGGUGGUGCUCGUAUCUUCGGCGCUUCUCAGAAGUAUUCGUCUCGUGACGUCGCCGCUCACACAACUCUAAAGCCAAGGAGAGAAGGGCAACACACUAAAGAGGAAGUGGAGAAGAAGAAUCUUCGUGAUGAGCUUGAAGAGCGUGAGAGGUUACACUUCUCUUCCAAAGACAAAUCUUACACUGAUGAUAGAGACCGCAGGAGAGGGAAUCAGCUAUUACUAGAAGGCUCUAAAAGGGACCCUGAAGAUCGGAUUAUUCCUCGCAGUGUAGAUGCUGAUGAUUCUGAUGUUGAUAUCAAAAGUGAUGAUGAUAGUGAUGACGAAAGUGAUGAUGAUGACGAGGAUGACACUGAGGCUCUCAUGGCUGAACUCGACCAGAUUAAGAAAGAAAGAGUUGAGGAGAGGCUCAGGAAGGAAAAGCAGCAGCAGAUGGAGGAACUAAACGCCAAAGAAGAAGAACUUCUCAAAGGAAACCCACUGCUCAACAACACUCCAACCUCGUUUAGUGUCAAAAGGAGGUGGGAUGAUGAUGUGGUAUUCAAGAAUCAGGCUCGUGGUGAAAUGAAAGCACCUAAGCGCUUCAUCAAUGAUACAAUAAGGAAUGACUUCCACAGAAAAUUCUUGCACAGAUACAUGAAGUGAUUGAACAAGAGUGUUAGCUUGCUGCAACUUGUCUGUACGAUGAAUGAUCUAAGGCUUUUAUCCUGUGUGUGAUUUUAUAAUGUCUCUUGACUAAUACAGAAGCCUACCAAUAACUCUUUUUAUGCUUUAUAUCAAAAGCUUACACUUGACACAUCAAUGCUAUUUCUCAGUUUCCUUCCUACUAAGCUCUCUUUUA